ACUUUUUACGCGCGUUUCCCAAUACAUUCGUUCCUAUAAUCGAAAUCGAGCACAAGAAAUCAAAUGGAGCGAAAUCUUAUAGGCAAGGAAAAAGGAAGAGAGAAUAAAGACGGAAAAACGGAAUACGAUCGAUCGGUCGAACAAAGUUCCAAUAGCGAUUGUUUUCGAGCCCAUCCGUUCCACCGAAUAAUCGAUAGAUUAGAUCGAUGAAUGAUAGAAAUUUCGGAGAACCAUGAUAGUUUGUUAAAAUGAUGAUUGUAACAAACGCUACGUCAGGAAAUAACAGAAACAGGAAAGCGCGAUACAUCGAGGCACGAGGCUAUCGUACGCAAAGCGCGAGAAAGAUAGAAUGAACGGCGAAUAGAUAGGAAGUUUGAAAGGCAGAAACAGAUAGAGGAAGCGAGAAGUGGGGGAACCGAUGAGCCAAGAAGGGGUGAAAGAGGAGGAAGGAAAUCGGUAGAGAGCGAUCUUGAAGCAGAAAGUGGGGGAGGGAAUGGAGAAGGAUAGCGUGGAAAAGAGUAAGAGGAAAAGAGAGGAAGAGCCGAGGAGAAACUGAUCGAGAGUUAAGCUAUCUGGUAAAACAAACGGACGAGGCUGGACAGUGGGUUUUCUACUAAAAGACGGGAUGAAGUGGCAAACGGUUUGCGUUGUUCAUACAACUAGUGACGCGCGCACGGACUAUUCACGUAUCUCUGAUCGGCCGAGGACUUAAUACAAUUGUUGACUUUCGGUUGUAUGUUCGCGGCGCGUCCGUUUUUCGUUGUCCCGGGUCGGCUCACCUGGCCUCGCUACGCCACGAGUCGCAUCGCUUCGUAUCGCUUCCAUCGGUACGGUUUGACCACCGCGCCGCGCCGCGCCGCGUCGCGACGUCGCGUUUUCGUUUUCUCUCCCUUUUGCUUUUCUUUAACAUAUUUUUGAUCGAUCUACCGAACGGUGAAUUGAUUUGGUUGUUCAUUGCACGUCACGGUCAGCGCUGCUGUCUACCGCACGCUCGCACGCACACCCACACACACACAUACACGCAGUCCUCCGCAGCACGAGGAUCAUGGACGAGGAAAGGAUCAAGCUUUAUCUUCCGCGUGAACGAAAACAAGGAGAGAGGAAAACAUUACGGGCCAGAGGAUUGUAAGAAUAGUUUAGUUUCGAUUAUCUAAUUGGUAAUCGUGUGCAAAUAGUAGUGGUGAAAGCAGAUGGACGGUAACGGUAUAGAAUAUCAUGAAAACGAAGAGAAACCAGAAUGUAUUACGAGUCCCGCGUUCCAUAACUUGACAGAAACCAUUUCCACGGAAUUGAUCGCAUUCGAAGACAAGGCUGUAUACGGAUAUGGGACGAGCAUUCCACCGAAUAACAAUGAGAUGGAUGAGAACGAAGAGACCUCGUCGCGGAAGGUGAUCUUUUGCGUUCACGGCAAGCUUUCUGGUUGUUGUACGGUUGUGAAGGGCAGUGCUACAUCGAUCGAUGAAACUACCGAAACAGCCGCAACUGCAGUUACUGCCACCGCUCUCGCCAUCGGCGGAGCCGAUUUCCAACAAACUCCUUCCACUGUACCAGAGGACCAUUGUCACAGGGAAAGAGACGAAGAGAUCGAUAAAAAGGCAAGAAAGAAAUUACUGCUUGCCAGUACGUUGUGCGUAAUUUUUAUGAUAGCAGAAAUCGUAGGUGGAGUAUUAUCGAAUAGUUUGGCGAUCGCAACGGAUGCUGCGCACCUAUUAACCGAUUUUGCAUCGUUUAUGAUCUCUUUAUUCUCGAUAUGGGUAGCUAAUAGACCGGCAACGAAAAAAAUGCCCUUUGGAUGGUAUCGAGCGGAAGUGAUAGGAGCCUUGACGUCGGUUUUACUAAUAUGGGUAGUUACGGGAAUUCUUUUUUAUCUGGCAGUCGAGAGAAUAAUUCACAAAAGUUUUCAACUAGAUAGCACCGUCAUGUUGAUUACCUCUGGCGUUGGCGUUGCGGUAAAUCUAGUAAUGGGCUUAUCGCUGCAUGAGCACGGCCAUAGUCAUGGACAUGGUUCAGAGAAGCCGAAUCGAAAUAUAGACAACGAGAGACUCGAUGACGAAAAUCUGUCUCACAAGAGGAAAAAUAUCAACGUUCGCGCUGCUUUUAUUCACGUUUUAGGAGACUUCAUACAAAGCAUAGGGGUUUUCGUUGCAGCAUUGGUUAUUUAUUUCAAGCCAAACUGGAGCAUAGUCGAUCCAAUUUGCACUUUCCUCUUUUCACUGUUGGUAAUAUUAACCACGGUUGCAAUAAUCAAAGACGUGAUGAACGUUUUAAUGGAAGGAAUUCCAAAAGGAUUUGAAUAUUCCCAAGUGGAGAGUACAUUUAUGCAAAUCGAAGGUGUGAUGAAGGUGCACAAUCUUCGUAUCUGGGCGCUUUCGCUGGAUAAAACCGCGUUAUCCGCGCAUCUUGCAAUAAAACCAGGUGCGAGUCCUCACAAUAUACUGCGUACUGCUACUAGAAAUAUUCACGAUAAGUACAAAUUUUUCGAAAUGACGCUUCAAAUAGAGGAAUUCGAUGAACGAAUGGAAAAUUGUAAACAAUGCAAGGCGUUAUCGCAAUAGUUGUAAAUUUUUUGAGUUACGUAUACUUUUGAGCUACCCUUCAGUCUUUAUACACAUGAAGUUGAAUUAUAAAAGAUUCACACGAUUUGUAAAUAGCUCAAUUUAUGAAAAACAGAAGCAACCUGUUGUUUCAAGUAUAUAUUCUACCGCGAUUAAAAAAUCUACAGGGAAGAUAUUUCAACCUCGCAAAGGAUGUCAAUUACUUAUAAAUAUUGUAAUCGAUACAACGAUUUUUUCACCUAUUAGUGGAACAAUUAUUUACUGCCUCUCUCUAUCUCUCUCUUCCCUCUCUCUAUUUUCUUAAUAUAGAAAUUAUGUUUAUUUAUUUUAAAUGUGACUUUUAACGACGUAAUCAACCUAUGUAAUCAUAUAAUCAUGAAAGAGAAUGUAUUUACAUUUAAACUCGCUUCGAAAUCGGUAAACAAAAAAUAAUUGUGUAAACUUAUGUUAAUAAAACUACAAUGAGAGAGAAAAAGAAUAGAUUAAAAGAAGA